AAAUUUAACCACUUUUUACAUUCAAGUUUAGUUAAUCUAGUAACGUAUUUCUUUGAGAUAUUUAUCUCUAAGAUCUUUAAAAUAUUUUCGUUUUAUUUAAUUUUUAAUUAUUUGUCCGUUGACGUCUUUUAUUUGAAAUGUCAAAAUUGCGAUUGGGCAAAUAUUUUAUAAUUCAUUCUAAGCAUAAUUUUAACUGGGUACUGGAAGUAGGAGAUGACGGCGAAUCGGAGUCAGUGAAGUUGGCCGAAAUGAAACCUGAUUGGAUGGGGAACAACGACCAUCAGCUCUGGUACUACAACCCCAGCAGUAAAAUUCUUUUCAAUAAGAAAAACAAUUUGUGCCUUGAAUUCUCUGGUGGCAAGCUUUGGGUAACAAAGUGCAAGGUAAAUGAUGAGAGUCAACAUUGGACACUUGAGAAUAAUUGGAUCGUGAAUGUCCAACUGAACCGGGUCAUCGAGGUGACCAAUCAUCACGAAUGCACACUGGCCGAUAAAAAUGAACAUCAACUCAAUCAACUGUGGAAAAUCGAAAAUUUACCAGCCUUAUAUUUCUACAUAAAACUAAAGAGCAAGCCAUCACUAACGGUUGAUGUGAGAGGCGAAGAUGCUAAACCUGGAGCAAAGGUGAUAGUUUACGAAAACAAGGGCAAAUUGUCGGACAAUCAGUUGUGGUGGGAGGAUGAGAACGGGAUCAUAAGGUCAAAGUUGAAUGACUUCGCGUUUGACCUUACAGACAAGAUGGAGGUAAUAAUGAACCCAUACCAGCAUUCAAACCCGAGCCAACAGUGGGUCGUAUCAAGGAGGCACCUGAGGAACGUUGAGCGACCAGGCUGGUUCAUAUACAUGAAGCCAGGCUCGCUACUCACUGGGCCACCGAGAUUGAUGGCUUGUGAGACGCUUGUGGGCAUUGAUGAUGACGUUGCUGAGUGGCAGUUGGAGUUCAUCGAACAUCAGUCCAUCAGCCUCAAUCACUCGGGCUGUGGGAGGAACUUUUCCAUCCGGAGCCAGUUGAAUGGCGGAGUGCUGCAGGUGGAUGGGGAAGAUGUGGGGGCAGGAAGCAAGGUGGUUCUUAAGAAGUUUUCUGGUGAAGACACGAACAGAACCUCCAGGCUGCAUUUCUACGAGGAUGACGUCACAGGAACCAUCAGAAGCAUCCUAAGGAACUUUGCCAUUGAAGCCACUGACUCCGGCCUAAUCCUCUCCUCCUAUGACCCCUACAAAAAACUCCAGCAGUGGCAGUGCAAGUCUCACAGGAUUCAGAACCGGCACAACCUCACCCAGCUCAUCCAGGUUCAAAGGCACCACCGCCGAAACAAUAGUCACCCUGCUGCUUCUGACGAUGGUGGUAAUGAAAGCGGCGAUGACGACAGCCUCUUCAUAAAUGUCGGUGAGGAUGUGAACGGCCUGCAUCAGUUGUGGGACUUUUGCUACGUACCAGCUCGUUGUUUCCAGAUAGUUAGCAUCUUCUGUCAGAAGGUCAUUGACGUGAGAGGAUGCAAGUCAGACUCCGGAGCUUCGGUCAUCCUUUACGACAAGAACCACCCUGCCACUAACAAUCAGCUCUGGUACGAAGAUGAGAGGGGAUUGGUCAGGUCCAAACUUAAUGGAUAUGUUCUUGACUCGUCUGGCCCAACGAUGAAAGUCACUCCGUACGAUCCCACCAAUCCGGAUCAUCAUUGGAUCAUCGUCGGCGAUCGCAUCCAGAACAAGUUCGACCACAAAAGCGUCAUUGACAUAAGCGGCGAGAAUAAAUGGAACGGCACAUCCCUGAUCAAGUACAAAUUCCAUGGUGGGGAAAACCAAAGAUGGAAGUUCGAAUAUGUCGAUUAGGUUUAGUAAGAUGCGAUGGUGAGACAAAGAGCAUUGAAAGAGAGAGAAAGGGGGGGGGAGAGGAGAAUAAAUAAGGAAGGAAGGAAAUUAAAAAUGGUCUUCAGCCAUUAAAUUAAUAUGUUAAUUAUCUAAUGAACUAUCACUGCAUUAUAAUAUGUUAAUUGAAUUUAUUUUCUAUAGAGACGUUAAUGAUUUCGGUUUAGUUGCGUUGCUUUACUAAUCAGUGACAGCAUUCAUAUUUUUAACUCGAUAAAAUAUGCUAAUUCACACAAGUCAGAAGAUUCAUUUUAUUCUAUUUUUACAUUAUCGCU